AUGUCAGUUAAGAAAUGUUUCGUCUUGCUGUUCUCUGCCCUAGUAGCCAUCAAUAUUUUGGCCACAGUGUAUUUCCACUGGAUGAAACAUGAACGAAAGGGAAUGGUCAUGGUGGCCCAUCGUUAUGAUUCCGCAGUUGAAACACCAGUGACGCUUUUUAUGCGGAUGACUUCAUUGCACGUAAAACGAUUUUACUGUGACUUUUUCAGGACAGCUGUCUUGUUUUGGCCUGCUUCGUAUGGAAAACUUGUCCUGGUAUUCGACCAGGAAUCGUUGCAGGAUCACAAACUAGCCAAAAUCAUACAGAGACAGUUCGAUCAAUUCUUCCCAGAUCGCAAACUUGAAAUACUCUACGAGCCUCUUCCUAUGAACCAUGAAACGCUCUUGAAGCGUCCUUGGCGGGCACGCGAUACUGGCUACAAUCGUCAAAUUUGGAGCAGCUUUUUUAAUGAUUUAUACACGAACGACACAGUCAUUGCAUGGGUGGAUUCUGACAGUGCAUUUUGCACGUCGGUGACGCGAAAUUCCAUGUACAACGGUACACGAUUGAGAGUGGCUGGAACUGAUUGCACAUUUUCAAAAGAAGCGUUUGUUAGGCAUUGCGUGAAGAGCGUGGAAAUCUCCAUUGGCCUACCGGCUGUAGCCGACUUCAUGCUGCAUUUCCCAAUAUACAUAUAUCGCGAUACGUAUGCCAACUGUAGGGAAUACUUAAUGCGAAGAUAUAAAGCACGCAACUUUGAGGAAGUCUACAGGAAUAUAAGUUCUUACGCCGUUAUUUGCCCCGUUACGACAAUACUCAACUACGCAUGGCACUUCGAGAGAGACCGCUACGACUGGAGUCUCAAGAUUUGCUCAGCACCUCUCGAUGAAUACAAUAAACGCUUCAAGCCAAGCGCGACCAUCAGACCCUACGACAUACAACCUGUCAUGGCAGCCCCUCAAUCAAGCGUUCAUACUGGUAGUCCAUCUUCGGCGUAUCGUUCGGCUCAGUUAAUUCUAGCCAGUUACUGUUUGUCGCACAAAGCAGCGGGACACAAUCUGACAUUCUGUACCGGCAAACGCAACCUUCCUCUGAGCAAUAAUCUUAUUCUAUUCAAAUAUAAAGCAGCGCCGCUAACGUGCAAUGGGAGUUGUCUGGAUGUUCUACAGCGUCACCACAAUCUAGUAGGAUCUGAAAUUCUAGAGAACAAGCGAAGGUUGGAAUGGAGCGACGUGGAAAUUGUUGAUAAACUUGUGAAGGAAAUAAAUGCUACAUGUCCUGUUCUUCAUAACGGGAGCCCAAGGGGGAUGAUCCCUAUUGUAUAACAGUUAAAUGAGUGUGAAUAUGUCCGCUAAUUUAUGACGUCAUGUUGGCUGCAAGGUCAACUUACACUGGUUAUAAAUGUAUUAACUCUAAAAACGGUUGAUAUUAGUUUACGUUUUUCUCCAGUGUUUCAUCACAUUUACCAGUGAGUGAAGUUUGAAUUUACCAUCUUGGAUGAUAUAGCAGUGAUAUUUAAAUUAACCAUUUUGAAGAGCUUGCAACCAACAUGACGUCAUAAAUUAGCGGACAUAUUCACAAACCAUAAAAACAAGAAAUUGAAAAAUAAGUUACACUACAACUUAAAGAGUUCUUUCAUUUAAGAAAAUAAAAAAUUUCAUGUCAUAUGCACUUUAAUAGGAAAGAAGAGAGACAAGAAAAGGCAAUAGUAAAGAUAAUUUAAUUUCAAUUGUUAACGUUCUUAUCUGCCUUGGAGUUGGCGAUGUUGCAAUGUAA